AUGGCCUCCUUCUUCACGGCUGCCCUGAAGACCUUCAAGGGGGGUGAGGAGGAGCCACCCAAGGGGCCCCCCAAGGAUGCCAAGGAGGCAGCUCUGCCCAGCGGCAUGAACCGCGAGGAGUUUGAGGAGUACCAGCGACAGCUGUUGGAGGAGAAGAUUGAGCGGGACAAGGCCUUUGCCCAGAGGAAGGCAGAGAGAGCCGCUGUCCGGAUGCACCUGCGGGACAAGUACCACCUGGCCCAGGACGAGCGGGACGACGCUCAGCUGCACGUGGCCGGCGGAGUGGUGGAGCUGCCACAGGAGCUGGCCUCCAUGGUGCACAGUGAGGAGGAUGAGGAGGAGGAGGAUGGCAGCGCCGGAGCCUUCGCCUUCCUGAGCAAGCUGCGGGACGUGGACCUGCCGGUGCUGCGCGACCGGGCGCUGGGCAGAGUGGGUGAGGUGAAGGAGAAGUGUGCUGUGAUGUGA